CCAUGUAAUAUAGGACACUGCGUGUUUUGAUUUCCUUCCACCAGAAAUUCUGGUCUGUCUUUGUUGUGCGUCUUCUCCGACACGGUAACAUACUAACAUGCCAACCUUAUUCUCAAAUCCUCCAUUUCUCUGCCGACACUUGAUGCCAUGAACCUCUUUCUCCUCCAAGUGCCCAUGUUCUCCUUGUUCCUCCGCCGCCAUUUCUUCUCCACCAAGCUCCCUACCCUCUCCAAGGUCCCCACGCGUCACAGAACCUUCGCUCUCCGUGAAGCCCAGAACGCCCUCACUGACUACCUUCAUGCCACCAGGUGCUUGCAAUUUACCUAUGCAGAGCACAUUGGCAACAAAGCCCUUUGUUCCCUCAUGAGUCUCAUUGCAAAGGUAGAUUUUUCAGCCCCUACUUUCUCUAAAAGCUUUCAGAAGUUCCUUAGGUACCACCCUAUUAAUGAAUUCGAGGUCUUCUUCGAGAGCAUAGGGAUAGAGUACAGUAUGGUGUCUGAGUUGUUGCCUCGUGACAAGGUGUUCUUUUCUGAAGAUGUGAUCCUCUUUAAUGCUGCUUGCACUCUUUGUGAUUUCGGGUUUCCCUGGGAGAAGUUGGGGUUGUUGUAUAUGGCAGAAAGUUCAAUAUUUGGCAUGAAUGCUGAACAGUUGAAUAGAAGGCUUUGUGGAUUUAAAGGGUUUGGUUUUGGUAGCGUUGAGGUUAUUGGUAUAUGUUUGGCUUUCCCUUUUGUUUUACUUGAGGAAGGCCAAGUGAGAGCUGGAAGAAUUGAGCGACUCUUAAGUGAUCUGAAAUUGAUAUUUUUGGAUUUUGGGUUGGGAAGGUUUGUUGAGGGAGAUGUGGAUUCUUGGCAUGAUAUGUGUAGAAAAUUAAGGGUGUUUUAUGAUUUAGAUAGUCGGAAAGGUGAGUUAGGCGAACUAAUCGGAAGGCAUAAAAGUAUAUUUAUCGAUUAUAGAGAAGAAGAGUUAGUUAAUAAAGUGGAUUAUUUCUGUAGAUUUGGUGUGAAGAAGGAGGAAGUGGCUCAAUUGAUUUUACAAUGCCCGGAAAUAUUGAAAAUGGAUCUGGAGAAGCCGGUAUUCAAUGUAAUGAAGCUGUUGACACACUUUGGCCUUAGCACUGAAGAUAUGGAGGAAGUAAGUCGGAGUUAUGGUCAUGUUAUGGGAACAAAUAAAAUGGCUAAUCUUCCUAAUGUAAUGAAGGCUUUAGGCUUACAAGAGUGGUUCUUCAAGAAAAUCAAGGAUGGAAAUCAUAUGUUGUUAGCAGAUUAUAUCGCAAGAUAUCCUAAAGAAGAACAGGAUCUAGAUUAUCAAGAAGGUUUAAGGAUAAUUAGAAGUUUAAAAACACGGGUUCAUAAUAUCGGUAAAUUAAAUUUCUUGCUUGGCUUGGGCUUUGGAGAAAAUACUUUGUCCAUAAACCUUUUGAAUCAUCUUCAUGGCACUAGUACUGAGCUGCAUGAAAGAUUCGAUUGCCUCCUACGUUCAAAGAUUGAAUUCUCCCGGCUCUGUAUGAUGGUAAGAACAACCCCAAGGAUUCUUAACCAAAAUUCGGAAACCAUUGAGCAAAAGGUGAAUUUCUUCCACCAGGAAAUGGGAACUACUUUAAAUCAUGUGGAAACUUUUCCUGCAAUAUUGUAUUAUCACUUAGAGGACCGGAUUAUACCUAGGUACAGAUUCCAUAAGUGGCUUUCAGGAAAAGGUCUGAGUUGUAAGAAAUAUUCUAUUCGAAGUAUGAUUGCAAACAACGAAAAAAAGUUUGUAGCUCGUGUCUUCAAAAUUCAUCCAGCUGCUCCAAAACAUUGGUUUGAGCGAUUCCGGCAUGGUAAGUUGCCAGUGUAAUUAUUUUGGUACUGAAACCUAACAUUGUAUAUGGUAAACUUCACUCAAACGAAUAGCUUCGAAUACAUCUGUACAGAAUAUUCUUUAACUGAUGUUGGAAAACUUUGUGACAAAGAUCUAUGUAUAAAAAAUAGGCUGCAAAUAUCUUAGUUUAGAGAAAGCAACUUGAACUUCUGCAAAUGCUGAUUUCAGCUUUCAUGAAGUAUUUAUGUCAAAGGUUCUCUAAUACACUAUUCGUUUAAAUAUUGUUCAAUUUUAC